UCCGGAUGCGUAGCUUUGCUUCACCGAUAAUUCCUGGCUGAGUGCAGUGGGCCAUCAAAACAAAAACAGCACUCACACACAUACAGUGGCUAAUGUCAGUGAGAGCUAACGUUACUGUCCUUAGAUAUCAGUUUGCUGUUUCACCAUGCUACUGAAGUCGUGUUGCAUUUACAGCACCGGAGUUCUUUCUAUACUACUCCUGAUCUCGGGUAUUGCUUUGGUCUUGUCUAACGUGUUUACACAUUUCGUACAGUCGGUGGUUGAGAAGGAAGUAGUUUUGAAGAAUGGCACAGAGGCAUUUGAGGCCUGGGAGAAUCCACCGGCCCCUAUUUACAUGCAGUUUUACUUCUUUAAUCUGACCAACCCCAUGGAGGUGCUGGAUGGGGAUCGGCCUGCUGUGAUUGAGAUUGGACCAUAUACAUACAGAGAGUACCGGCCUAUGGAGCAAGUGGACUUCCAGGAUAAUGGCACUAAAGUAGCAGCUGUCAACACUAAGACCUACAUAUUCCAGCGUAACAUGUCCCGAGGUCCAGAGAGUGACCUCAUCAGGACAGUCAACAUCCCUGCAAUGACGGUGAUGGAGCAAUUCAAGGACCAGGCUUUCCUCGCCAAUCUGAUCUCCUCCUACAUGAAGGGCACCGGGGAAGGCCUGUUUACCACCCACACAGUGGGAGAGCUGCUGUGGGGUUAUGAAGACGGCCUGCUCAAAGCCCUCAGAACUUUUAAACCUGACCUGGAUGAUGUUUUCGGACUCUUCUAUAAGACCAAUGCUUCCAACGAUGGUGAUUAUGUCUUCUUCACUGGACAGCAAAACUACAAGGACUUUUCCAGAGUGGAUACAUGGAACGGUGAAAGCAAGCUGAAUUGGUGGUCAUCUGAUGAGUGCAAUAUGAUCAAUGGAACCAACGGAGCAUCUUUCCAUCCAGUCAUCACCAAGAAUGAGACACUCUACAUGUUCUCCUCUGACCUGUGCAGGUCUCUGUACGCUCUGUAUGAGGAGGAUGUGACAGUGAAGGGGAUCCCUGGGUAUCUCUUCAGUCCCCCGAGCAAGGUGUUUGCCAAUCACACCGUGAACCCAGCCAACGCAGGCUUCUGUGUCCCUACUGGAAAUUGCCUGGGCUCUGGCGUACUGAAUGUCAGCCUAUGUAAACAAGGAGCUCCCAUCAUAAUGUCUCCACCACACUUCUACCAGGCAGAUGAGAAAUAUGUUGAGGAUGUAUUUGGCAUGAGGCCUAAGAAGGAGGAACACCAGACUACGAUUGUUAUCAAUCCGCUGACAGGAAUCAUCCUGCAAGCAGCGAAGCGGCUCCAGGUCAACGUUUACGUGGAGAAAAUUCCCACCUUCAGUCAAACAGGAAACAUGAGGACAGUGAUCUUUCCUGUGGUUUAUAUCAAUGAGAGCGUCGUCAUUGACGACGCAUCAGCCAUGAAGCUGAAGGCGAUUGUUGUCAAGCAGAAUGUCGUGGCGAACAUUCCAUUCAUGCUGAUUGGUCUAGGCAUCGUUCUGGGAGGAGUCUUCAUGUUUCUGAUGUGUCGACAGAAGGUCCCCGAGAGCACUGCAGCUGAACGACAGCCCCUGCUCUCAUCAUAGCACCAAACAGUAUGUAAAAGGAGGAGGAUUGCCAUAUUUGCAGUAUAAUUCCACAUUUCAUGGUUUCAAUGGAUCUGAAUUUUUUUUUUACCAUUAACCCCCAAGUAAUAGUUUGCAUUAAUAACCACAAUUCCACCUUUUAAUCCGUUUUUUAAAUCAAAUGGUUUUAGGAAACAAAGUGAAGAGGUUUGUUACAGGGUUGGGGUUAAUGUCAUACUUACAAGUCAGUUGUAAGGAUGCUGAAAUCCGUCUUUUUUUAAAUUAAAUAUUUUUCUUUUUUACUGCCAAAUAUGGGAUAUUGGAUUGAAACUAUUUGAAUUGAGUAAUUUAAAUCUCCUACACAAUCUAAUUUAAAUUGUCUGAAGAGUCAGCUCUGAACAAAUACAACCACCAGGAAUGUGUGUGUGUGUGUGUGUGUGUGUGUGUGUGUGUGUGUGUGUGUGUGUGUGUGUUUGUGUGUGUGUGUGUGUGUGUGUGUGUGUGUGUGUGUGUGUGUGUGUGUGUGUGUGUGUGUGUGUGUGUGUGUGUGUGUGUGUGUGUGUGUGUGUGUGCGCGAUGAAUGGCUACAGAACUAAAAUAGUGAUGAAGGAACACUGUCAGUGUUUGUUUUUAGAAAUUGGCCAAUAAUCCAUUUUUAGCACGGUGUGGUCAGAUUUUUGAGGCAUCAGUAACAAGAACUGCUGUUUUAAUGCAAGACAAAUAUUCUGUCAAUAACAAAGUCAAACUGUGCAAAACGCAUAAUGUUUUAUUCUUUUUUUAAUAUUCUUUUUGGAGCAUUUUUAGGCCUUUAUUUGACAGGACAGCUGAAGACAUGAAAGGGGAGAGAGGGGGGGAUGACAUGCAGCAGAGGGCCGCAGGUCAGAGUUGAACCCGGGCCCGCUCCGUUGAGGAGUAAACCUCUAUAUAUGGGCGCCCCUAAUGUUUUAUUCUCAUUAAUCUAUAGUGAACUCCGCUUCCUUUUAAAAACCAUGUACUCUGUGUAACCUUCAGUGGAAAUCCAGUAAUCACGAUAUAUGUAAAUAAUAUAAUGUGGAAUCACAUCCAAAUAGUAUAAAUGAUGGUGUGAAGCGCUGUGCAAUAUUCUCUUUUCACUAAUUCCAAUUAGACAUGAAUGUGGGAUUUUUAGUUUUUCUACUGAUAUUAUGCUAAAAUCCGUGUAUGAAACUGUGUUAUGCUAGUGACACUACUGAUAAAUAUUUUGCCAAAUAUAAAAUUAUUAAACGUUUUUCCUUUUUAACCACUAGGAAUUGCACAUUAUUUUUAUGGUUACAUUCUGCACUUCUAAACAGCAUUUUAUCAGAUUAUUUUAACUUCAUUUGAAGUUUGGCAAGAUUUUCUGUCCAGAACUACAUAGAAUGUCACUACAAUGUGUAAUUUGUUCGUUGAAUAACCACUGUUUCACACACAUCACUGACAGGCUGUCUUGUGUUUAUUUUGUUUUGGUCUGUGUUUCAUAUGUAUCAGAGAUUAUGGUUUACACUUCUACUCCUACAUAGUAAAAUCAAUAUGUAAUCACUGUUAACGUAUUUUCAAUAGGUCACAUUAACAUAUGCACAUUGUCUUGCCAUUUGCUACAACUUUAAUAAACCUGGUGUGCUUCACAUUCUCUCUAAA